CGGACAAGAAGUACUCCUUACUAUAUAUAGGCAAAUAGACAAUGCAAGCUAGCAGUAUGUAAAAAAUGGGUACUGAAUAAGUACGCAGGUAGGGACGAAAAUGAGUAAAAUGGGUGUGGGGAUGGAAGAAGAUGGUGGGAGUGGGGGAAUAAGCUUAUUUGUGACGGUGAUGAUGAUUAGUACGGCGGCGGCAUUGGGUUAUGUCGGGUGGAAGAUGAUUUUGAAGAGGCUGCAGGCGCAGGAAAGGGGCGGCCCGGCGCCGGGGCAAAUUGUGAAUCCGACGAACUGGCCGGUCGUCGGAAUGCUGCCGGGGCUGUUACAAAACGCUAGCCGCAUCCACGACUACGCGACGGAGAUUCUACAGCUCAACGGCGGCACAUUUGAGCUGAAAGGGCCGUGGGGCUUCGCUAACCUCAACAUGCUCCUGACCUGCGACCCCGCCAACAUCAACCACAUCCUCUGCAAGAACUUCAACAACUACCCAAAGGGUCCCCAUUUCCAGAAAAUCUUCGAGAUUCUCGGGGACGGGAUGGUGAACAGCGACCACCAGCUAUGGGAGCUUCACCGGAAGACCACCAUGCCCCUCAUGAACCAUCCCGACCACCGCGCCCGCUUGGAGAAAACGGUGUCGGAUAAGAUCCGACACGAGCUGUUCCCGCUUCUGGAGCAUCACGCGCAGAAGCGGGACGCUUUCGGGUUGAAGCAAGUCUUCAGGCGGAUGGCCUUCGACAUCGCCUGCGCCCAGUUUCUGGACAAGGACCCGUGCAGCCUCGGCGUCGUCGGCGGGGACGACCACCCCUUUCUGGCGGCGCUGCGGGAUGCGGUCAACGCAGUUCUGUACAGGCAUUUUCUCCCGGAGUGGUGUUGGAAGCUGCAGAAAUGGGUGGUGGGGGUUGACAGAGAGGAGAAGCUGGGGCAAGCAUGGCGGACUUUUGACGAUUACAUAAACCCAAUCAUUUCCGACACGAUGCAAAACGAGGACGGCGGGUCCAUUAAUGAGUUCAGCAUGUUGCGGUCGCACAUGAAUGCCUUCCAAGGAAUGGGUUCCAAAUUUCUAAGAGACAACGCCCUCACCUUGAUUAUUGCUGGCUCAGAUACCACGGGCUCAACACUAACUUGGUUGUUUUGGCUGCUUGCCAAGAACCCAUCGGUUGAAGCAAAGAUCUUGGACGAGAUUCGUCGCCAUCGAAAUAUAAACAAGCAGAAGGAGAGGGAUGAGGAAGAAGAUAUUAAUAUGAUUAUAUUCAAUGUGGAAGAAUGUCAAAAAUUAACCUACCUCCACGCGGCCGUGUGUGAAUCCCUUAGGUUGUUUCCUUCCGUACCUUUGAAUCACAAGAUGCCUACAGAGAGAGAUGUUCUCCCCAGCGGGCACACUGUGAAACCCCACACCAAAAUCAUAAUGCCCUUCUAUUCCACAGGGAGGAUGGCAUAUGUGUGGGGAGAAGACUGCAUGGAGUUCAACCCCGAGAGGUGGAUUUCACCCGCCACCGGUGGAAUCCAGCAUCAACCAUCCUACAAGUUCCCGGCCUUUAACGCCGGCCCCAGGAGUUGCAUUGGGAGAGACAUGGCUUUCACUGUCGUCAAAAUGGUUGCAGCUGCCAUACUCUACCGCUAUCGCUAUGAGCUCCUGGCUCAUGAUUGUCCAAUUGAGAUUUCCGAAUCCGUUCUUCUUGAAAUGAAGGAUGAUCUCAAGGUUGUCUUCACCCAUCGGUAGUUAGCUAGUUACUUAUAGUUCCUUAAUUAGCUGCCGGCUUAUAUAUUCAUCAAGCCCGCCGCUCGCCCAUUUUAUCCGGCCAUCCAUCAUCAGUCAUGUCCACUUUUAUAUACUCCGUACUUUGUAUGUUGCAAGCCGGCUAGGCCAAGCCAGGGUGCUUCUAAUUGAAGUAAUUCCAACUCCACUGGCAUGUACGCAGUACUUAUUUAUUUCUGAAUUAAGCAAAUAAUAAAUCAACCCUCUCCUCUCCCAUACUUUGUCAAUUUAAUUCCAUGUCCG